GUCAUCUUCAGAACAAGACACUGUACCUGAAUCACAACCAUCUUUAUUUACAAGCAAUACGUUUAUCUGCUCUCCUUCUUCAUUGAAGCAAACCAAGAUCAAGACAAUCAAAAGGACAGAGACAAGUUUGCCUGAAUCUAAAAGUACGCCUAUGAUGCCUCACUUGGCAUUUACGUGUGAUGUGACAUGCAUACAACACUUGAGUUAUACAUUAGCAGAUCAAUAUGAACUGAUUGAACUUGAUAAACUGGAUGUGAUCUUGAAUACGCGUCUAUUAGAAAUAAGGUGUAUUUUUAUGUUGAAUGGACUUGAUCAUCUACUUGACUCUCCUGCAUGGAUUCAACAACCCUUGAAUGAAGUCAUGUCAAAGUGUGGUUUAUCUCUGUUCAACACAGACUCACCUCACAUCUUUUACUAUGAAAUGAAAACUGCUUUUAUUACUACCCCUUUGUCUUAUGUGUUAGACCAACAAGCACCUCAUGGUAUCCUUGAAAGAUUUGAUAUCAUAUUUGACUACAGUACAAACAAACCCAAGGAAUUUCAAGCAGUAUGGAACAGAAAGAUACAAACAGACUUUAUGAUCAAGUAUGUGUAUGAUGGAUUAAACACAAUCUUGGUCAAAAAGACAUGUUGUGCUUAUCCCUUUAUCUUCUCUCAUGCUUAUGUGAAGAAACUAUCGAAUAUCAUGUCAUUUCUGCCUCUUAUUGCUCAGUCAUUACAAAAGUCCUAUUUGACAUCUAAAGCAACUAUGUCUGUUGAUAAUCAUGCAUUCAGUCAAGGGUUUUUAGAGAAACUCAAGACAAUUCAAACAAACACAGCUAUUAUGAAUCCAUCAACAGACCAAGACAUUCAAGAAGAUAACAUCAGUACUUAUUUAACACUGGGUAUGUAUCAUGCCAUCAAAAUGGCCCAUAAGCAGGGCCAUAGAAACCCUCUUGUACACAAAAGACAUUCCAUGAACCACCCAAUGCUAUUUGUACUAUUGCAAAACUAUGGUCUACUACAGCAUCAAAGAAAUGAAUAAAGCCCCUUUCUUUUUCUUUUUAAUUUAAUUUAAUUCUUCUUUAAUGUUUCUUCA